CAGUAACCUUAAGGUCGAACGGCGCGCCAUUGCACACGCUGUUUGCUGGGUUGCGAGAGCGGGCUGAAGUUAUUGUGGGCAGUGCGGCCAUGCUUGUGGCUUGUGCUACACGGCGGAUUUGGCGUCGUCUAAUUCUUAGUUCGCCAAAUAUAGAACUAUCAUAAGUCGUAAGGGCUCGGUUAUUUACGGUCUAGAAACAGAAUGUGUUUUUGAGCUUCAUAAUACGUCGAUGUAUUAGCAGGUUUGCGCAUUUUCGCCAUCUGGACUGAGUCUUUAUUCCCGUAGCCCUGCCAUGCUGCCGCAUGGACAAGCGUAGAGGAAGCACUAGAGUCGCAUUGUUGUAAUGGCGGAGGCUGGGAUCUGUGAUUUUUCAGACUGUUCAGAGUUUUAUUUGGCUAUAAAAUUCUUGUUUUAAGCUAGUGAUAUGGAAUUAAUUUCAAACCCGAGAGAAACAAAGUGAGUAACACAUUGGUAAAUUAAUAUGCGUUUUAAUGAGGGGGUGUGUAUGCUGUGGAAGGCCCGUCAAUGCGUCUGCAAUCCUUUUUCGAGAGGGAGGCGGGGAGAGCACGCUGGAAAGCCAAGGGCAUUCUGGGAAAUGUAGUACUCAGGUUCGAAUAGAGCCGAAUAGCGUGUGAUUGAAAGGUGAAGCCGGUGAAGUCUGUAGGUCCACGUAAAUAUUGGGAAACGUACAGCAAGCUUUUGUGCGAUUUUAAUGUCAUGUCAAAAUAAGAUCCGAUGGGAAUGAUCGUUGUUGUGACUAGUUUAGCAAACAUCCCCCUCACACCAGAGACAGCACGGGACCAGGAGCGGCGUAUUCGCAGGGAGAUCGCCAACAGCAACGAGCGCAGGCGCAUGCAAAGUAUUAAUGCUGGCUUCCAGUCACUUAAAACACUCAUACCACAUAGCGAUGGAGAGAAGCUGAGCAAGGCUGCCAUCUUACAGCAGACAGCUGAAUAUAUCUUCUCUCUGGAGCAGGAGAAGACCAGGCUACUGCAGCAGAACACACAGCUCAAGCGCUUCAUCCAGGAGUUCAGUGGCUCAUCCCCAAAAAGGAGGCGUGCUGAAGAGAAAGAUGAAGGGAUUGGCUCGCCAGAUAUCCUCGAGGAUGAAAAGGUGGAAGAUCUGCGACGGGAAAUGAUUGAACUCCGACAGCAGCUGGAGAAGGAGCGCUCAGUGCGCAUGAUGCUGGAGGAACAGAUCCGUUCCUUGGAUGCCCAUCUAUAUCCGGAGAAGCUAAAGGUGAUCGCUCAGCAGGUUCAGGAGCAGCAUGUGCAGACACAGACUCUGCUCCGACUGCAGCAGCAGCAGGAACAGCUGGAGAGAGAGACCACCCCUGCCCGCAGCCCACAGGUGUUUUCCCCAGCAACACCCCCUGCCCCAACCCACCACACCACUGUUAUUGUGCCAGCCCCUACAUUGCCUCCCCCUCCCCAUCAUGUCACGGUGGUAACCAUGGGCCCAGCCUCAGUUAUCAACACAGCAUCCACAUCACGACAGAACCUGGACACCAUUGUGCAGGCCAUCCAGCACAUUGAAGGCACACAGGAGAAGAUGGGUGUGCCCGAGGAAGAACAGCGUCGAGCCGUCAUUGUCACCCCAGGUCGCAUCCUUACUGACACGCCAGACUCAGACACCGCAUCUGACAAUGAAGGGUCUGAGGACUGUUAACUGCCCCAAGUCCUCCCCAUUUUUUGUAAUGGGGCAAAGAAUAGACUCUCUCUUGCUCUCUUUUUCAUAUAAACAUACAGAAUCAAUAGGAUAGUGCUGACAGACCUGAAAGGGUUCAGUCAAGGGUUCAUUGAACAAAAUGGUUUGAAGAAGACGGAAUAAUGAACUCUCUCUCUCUCUCUCUCUCUCUCUCUCUCUCUCUCUCUCUC